UUAAGAGGGGGGUGCUGGUCGUUGCAGGGGGGGUUUGAGCGCAGACCGGGUUUGCCUGAACGCUGUGCGCUGUGUAUUUGCAUUGACACUAGGAAUCCAACUUGAGAUCGGCGCUUCAUCCUCGCUUCCGAUCGAGACUGUAAAGGACACAGGUGCUGACACCACGCUCUGAUCGAUACUGUGCUCCAACGAAGCUAUUGUGUUUGAGAUUGUGCCAGGUUGAUGAAUUCGGGCAAUCUGAGUGGUCAGAACUUGCUUUGGAAGGAUAUCUACCUGCAGGAAGUCGAACUAGAGAGAUUAGAAAUGCUCUUGGAGGUGAUUUAGGAACCGAAGUGAGGACAAGAUAUCGUUCGGAAAUUGAAGUGUUUUUGGCAGUAGUCGGCAGAGUGGUUGGCACGAGAGAGCAGGACAUCCGCUUCCUCUGAAGCCUUCGAUCACUAUUGCUCUUUCGCUGAAAAUCGUGAUUAGCCAGAACAGCUGGUGAAGUCGAAGUUGAAGUUGACAGAUUGUGUAGGAAGACGACCAACCAUGCAAUUGCCAAUUUCACAUCUGUCUGAGUUUCAAGAAACCGAGAACGAGGAGAUCCAUGCACAUCUGGCAGCGAACUCUGGUUCCCACUCCCAUGAUGAAGAGGAAGGAUCCCACUCGCAGGGAAGCAAGGGCAGCAUAGGUCCGGACGGCAACCCCGUAAAGGACCUCCCCUGCCCCCGCUGUCAGUCCAUGAACACGAAAUUUUGCUACUACAACAACUACAGCACCAGUCAGCCUCGCCACUACUGCCAUGACUGCCAGCGCUACUGGACCGUCGGGGGCACUCUCCGCAACGUCCCUCCUGGUGGCAGCUGUCGCAAGAGGACAACCACUGUUCCUCAAAGCAGCAGUGUUCCUCACUUCCACCCCGGGACACCUCCAUCUUCAACUCUCACGGGCUCCGAAGGUGAAUCAGAGCGUUACCAACACCCUGGCAGUCCCCCAAUGAUGGCAGCUCUGGCGAGCAUGCUAGCACAUCCAGUCACAUCUGGAUUUGGUGGUUUUGAGGAGCAAUUUGCGGAUUUGCUUUCCUUCUAUCCCACGCAAUUCUCGAGCUUAUUGCAACUAGCAAUCAUGCAACAAAACCAACAGGAUAUGCUUACGUCGACCUUUCCUGAUGCCAGUAUUCUUGCCAGCGGUCUGUUGAUGCCGGAAGUGUUUGAGCCGAGUCACUUGGAGUUGAUGCACAUGGCGACUAUGUUGGCUGAGAUGCAACGAAUGCAAGAGUUAGCGAGAAGGCAGGCAGCAGCAUGGGCCGAGUACCAUCGAGAAGGGCAGUCUGCUGUUAGCAGUGGGAUUCACCGACAAAGUCCCCAAAACGCGGCUGCAGAGGAGGCAGCGAAGAACCGGCAGUAUGGUGGGAGCUCCUUGCACCGGCGGCCUGGGUUUUGGGAAACGGCAUUGAGGCACAGCAGGCCGAACAAAAGACGCACUACGAAUCCUGGCGUGCCUGAAAGCAGCAAUUUGUCAAAAGAGCAAGGCGGUACAAGAGCGGCAACUAAUCAGCCGCUCAGGCAAGAACAUUCGUCAUGAAAUGGCAGCGGCUUAGACGCCACCAGGAGACGCAUUAUUGAUACAUCAGAACUGUUGAAAAGUUCCAUCAGUUUAAGCUGUCUCUACUCUGUUGCAUGUGCGAAUGCAGCGUCAAGAUGGCAAUGACCGGCAGAGAUUCAAGGUCGGCAAGUGUAAAUCAAAUUCCUCGCUGUAUAUCAACAACAGACGUCGAUUAAUGUAGCGAUCUCAACACACUAUCAUCAAUGGCCAGACAAUAUGGACUAAACGGCGUGAAUGGUCUCAAUCAUGGAAUGCUUAAUUUUGGGUGAUUUCAGCGGUUAGCUUGUUUCUUCGGCUGGAUGCGUGUUCAGAAGGAAGUUCGCUGGUUGAGACGACUAAGCACAGGGAAUUACUUUACAAUGGAUAGGAUCGAAUCUCCAACGCAAGAAGGCAAGCGUGGACUAGGCGAAUGUAAGGUAGACGUCAAUCAACGUUUUGGUUCGAGGUAUGAGUGCGAAUCGCAGGGAAGUCAACUAAAAUUCCCAAGCGAGCUCGUGACUAAUUAUUGAUCUGAAGAAUUAGAGUUUCGAUUUGUAAGCUUCACAUUGUAAAUUCAAGAAAAAAAUUCAAGCUAAGAUUGGGAAUUGACGGCGACGGCUGCCUUCGAUUCCACACCACGGAACUCUGUGUUGCCAUCAUGGCUAACUUUCAUUCUACUUUUGUCACUAGCGACCCUGCCUGAGUUGCAUAGCUGUUCUUCUGCCCACGAAGAUCUGUAGGAUCUCUGUAGAAGUGCAUGUAAUGAACUCUCCAGAGUCUUGCAUUAGUGAAACCUUUUGAGCCGCUCUCCCACCACGAAUUUAAGCCGUGUCUGGAAGUCGUGAAACGGGAAGGACGUGCUCUUCUCCAACAAGCUCAAUCCAUCACCAGAUGUGUCUCUGUCCAACAGCAUCGACCCCAGCUCGUAGCAAGCGUAGGGAGCAAUGUUUCUGCCACAAACAGGACUUCACUUAAUUUGCACCGCAUCAACGGUGGGUUGCAGAGUGAAUUUCCUAGUUUGAAAACUGUUGAUUUUAGCCGGUGAGUUAAGUGAGGGAGUGAGUAAAGGCUUCCAACUGCUGAAAGUCCAAUCCCACGAAAUCCACCAGAGAAUCCGGUUCACGGGUUUCCAAGGCUUAAGUUAAUUCUUGUAAAUUCAAGCUCCGAAAAUUAUCAUGUUUCAGAGAAUUGAUGACGAAAUGCAAAUGAUUAGAGAAGUGAAUAUGAAAUCUAAUAAAAAUGGAGGCCCAUUCUUUGACA